AAGAUUUGUUCUUACGUGUCGGCCCCGGUCAGUGGUCUGUGGUCUCCCAGGAGAACUGUCGAACGUGAGCCUCGCCGAGUCACAGGUCGCCGUCGCGCGUGAACACCACCGCCAGGCUCGGCGCCUCGGCGGGCAACACGCCAGGCAAACAGCAGCGUAGAGCUGGGCAGACGGCAGAGUCCCGAGUCGAGCAGUUGGUUUUUGUUUGGUGGUGCGCCAUUACUAAUUUACUGCCGCCCGCCCAGCACAACACUUUCCCAGGGAGCGUUUAAUUGCCUCCGCCUGCCUCGCUCUCGCUUCCUUCGGAUGCCGCUCUGCCUCUGCCGCGCCCGCCAGCUGCACUGACCGGCAGGCCGAGCGACCGAGUCACGCAGUUCAGCAACGCGCGCGCCACGGCCCGCGACGCGAUGAGCGAGAGGAGGAGGCGGGCGAGCGCUGCUUCCCUCGGGGGUGGAGGUGGCGGCGGCGUUGGUGGUGUUGCGCCUGCGCGGGCCGAGGAGGACAAGGUCGCGGCGCCGGGUAAAGCGCCUCCGCCGACGGUGUGGUUCGCGUUCAAGCGGUCGCUGCACUGCCGCUCCGAGCCGUCGGAGGUCCACGUGCCGCGUGCCAAGGCCGGUCCCGUCGCGGGCGGGGGCGCCGGCGCGGCUGUCGGCGGCGGCCACCUGUCGUCGAUCGUCACCAAGCGCGCCGCGCGGUCGGGGUGCUCGCGCUCCAUCGCCAACCUCCGGGACGUCAUCCACGGGAGCAAGCGCCACCCGGGGCAGCCGCCCAGCUGCAGCCCGCGGUCCAUCGGCAGCAGCGAGUUCCUCAACCCCAUUGCACACGAGGUCGUGCUCAGCACCAACUCCCGCUGCGAGCUCAAGAUCACCGGCUUCGGCGGCUGCGGGGGGCUGGCGGCCGUCGGGGUGGGGACCGGCGCCGCGAACGACGCCGACGGCGGGGGCGACGGCGGCGUCGUGUCGUCGUUCGUCGGCACGCUCCGCCCUGGCACGCCGGGCCCAGCGUGGGCCGGACACGGACUGCCGUACAGCGGCUCCGUGCGGGGCAGCGUGCGCUGCACGCCGCCGAGGUCGCCGAACGUGAUGCUCGAGAGGAAUGGCUCAGUGGUGAACGGCCACCGCGCGUCAUGCGACGAAACCGCUAAAAACGGCGCCAGCAAGGGCUCCGGUGGGCUCAGCUGCCACAAGUGCGGCGAGCAGUUCAGCAAGUGGGAGGCGCUGGAGGCGCACCACCUCUCCAAACACGCAGUGACGGAGCUGGUGGAAGGGGACUCGUCGCGGAAGAUCGUGGAGAUCAUCUGCCGGACGAGCCUGCUCAAGUCGGAGAGCAGCUGCGUCCGGAUCGAGCGCGUGUUCAAGGUGCACAACACGCAGCGGACGCUGUCCCGCUUCGAGGAGUACCGCGAGGCCGUGAAGCUCAAGGCGAGCAAGCUAGCCAAGAAGCACCCGCGCUGCCUCGCCGACGGCAACGAGCUGCUGCGCUUCCACGGCGCCACGCUCUCGUGCGCGCUCGGCGGCGGCUCCGGCUCUUCCAGCCUCUGCGCCUCCGACAAGUGCGCCGUGUGCCGCAUCAUCCGGCACGGCUUCUCCGCCAGGAAGGAGGGCAAGGGCGGCGUGGGCGUGUUCACCACGUCCACCAGCGGCCGCGCGUUCGAGUCCAUCGUUGAGGCGCCCCCCGCCAUCGGCGUCGGCGACGACGACGGAGCGGGCCAGCUGGGCCUGGGCACCGCGCGCAGGGCGCUGCUGGUGUGCAGGGUCAUCGCCGGCCGCGUGCACAAGCCGCUGGACAACCUCAAGGAGUUCGUGGGGCAGACGGGCUUCGAUUCGCUCGCCGGCAAGGUCGGACCCUACUCCAACAUCGAGGAGCUGUACCUGCUGAACCCGAGGGCGCUGCUCCCGUGCUUCGUCGUCAUCUGUAGACCGUAGCCUACUACUAGCUAAACACACCGUCUCAUUCUUCUCUCUUCCCACUUUUCUCUUUCGAUUGCUACUCUAGUGUACGUAGUUAACACGGACACGGCAUAGCUAUCGCCUAUCGGUUGGAAGGUCGGAUGGAUUUGUCCAUGUUUCCGUGCAGGUGCGUGCGUGCCUUCAUGAGCUCGUGGUUCGGUUGCCUGGUUCACCGUCGUCUUCGACCAGCUGAGCAGACGACAUCGAACCAGAACCAAUCAACACUCGUAGGUAGCACAAAGAGUAGCUCAUCAUCACUCGUAGAGUCGUUUCUCAUGAACAGACUAGGUUCAAGCAUGGUGUUUAAACUCUGCCACGAAGUUACCAAUCGGGCAACCACUGGUCUCUUGAAUGC